AUGUCAUCCUCGCAUCCUUCACACGAAUACAUUCGUCAUCUCCCCCUCAUCACUCCCCGGAUCGAAUUCCUCUUACCCAGUCAAGAACCUCUACCUAAGAUUACCCCUCGUAUCCAAUGGACUCCAGAGCUGCUACAGCGACACGCCAUUCCGCGUGGAGCCGCGCCACAGCCAUCAUCCGUCGCAGCUCCAGGGCCUGAAGAGCUCAUACAGGCAGAGGGACCUUCAGGCCAGGACACCGUACCUGUCCCUCCAAUCGGGCCUUCAAUUGCAACACCAGCAACUCAUGUGCAGGUCGAUCCUGGGCAACCCAUUGAUCCCGCUAUGAUCCUCCAAGUGGCGGGGCCUUCUCAUCCUCGCGUGACUUCGCCGGUCCCAGGAGGCGAAAUGUAUAAGAAGCCAAAGGGAGAACCUGGCCGUCGGGGAAGUGGUGGGUUUAAUAUCCAGACAGUCCUGAGGGACGACUUCCACUGGUCUGAGGAAGAUAUAGGAGAUAUGGUGGGAUACAUCACCCGAGAAGCAAGGAGGUCGCUGGAUAUGAGUAAAAGCUACAGAUCUCAGAAAAAGGAAAAAAUUGAAGCAAUAUGUCAAGAGGCAACUAGGCGUUGGCCGGUUCUCAGGGAUUACGAUAAAUGUUGGCCAGUUCAUAGCGUGUUGAAGUUGAAGCUGAAAUAUAGGGCGGAGGCACAUCGUCGUGUCGAGGGGAGGAGGGAAAGCGCUCGGGUUCGAGCUGCCCUUGCCAACAUCGCAGGAGUCAAUGAUGCAGAAUAG